AGAGCUGUGCGUUCUUCCGCCACCACAGGCGGUUGGGCGGAAGCGAUUGGCUAAAACUCCUGCUCCCUCCCGGUAAUGGGUGGAGGCGAGGUGGGAGGGAAAAGAGAGCUGUCUGUUACCCGCCAUGCACCGCGCCCCGGAGGUGGCUCCCUUAGGUCUGUAAUGUUUUGGCCAAUCCAAAAUGGCGGUGCAGGAAUCAGCUGCUCAGCUUUCCAUGACCCUGAAGGUGCAAGAGUAUCCGACCCUCAAGGUACCCUAUGAAACACUGAACAAGCGAUUUCGAGCUGCACAGAAAAACAUUGACCGAGAGACUAGUCACGUCACCAUGGUAGUUGCAGAAUUAGAAAAAACAUUGAGCAGUUGUCCUGCUGUUGAUUCAGUUGUUAGUCUCCUAGAUGGAGUAGUUGAAAAGUUAAGUGUCCUAAAGAGGAAGGCAGUCGAAUCGAUCCAAGCUGAGGAUGAGAGUGCAAAGUUGUGCAAACGCAGAAUUGAGCACCUUAAAGAGCACAGCAGUGAUCAGCCAGCAGCUGCCAACAUGUGGAAAAAAAAACGCAUGGAUCGCAUGAUGGUGGAGCAUCUUUUGCGCUGUGGCUACUACAACACAGCAGUCAAACUUGCCAGGCAAAGUGGCAUUGAGGACUUGGUGAACAUUGAGAUGUUCUUGACAGCCAAAGAAGUGGAAGAAUCUUUGGAAAGACAGGAGACUAUGACUUGUUUGGCUUGGUGUCAUGAUAACAAAUCAAGACUCAGGAAAAUGAAGAGCUGUCUGGAGUUCAGCCUCAGGAUUCAGGAGUUCAUUGAACUCAUUCGACAGAAUAAGAGACUGGAUGCUGUGAGACAUGCAAGAAAGCACUUCAGUCAAGCUGAAGGCAGUCAGUUGGAUGAGGUUCGACAAGUGAUGGGAAUGUUAGCCUUUCCUUCAGACACUCAUAUCUCUCCUUAUAAGGAUCUUUUGGACCCUGCCCGAUGGAGGAUGCUGAUUCAGCAGUUUAGGUAUGAUAAUUACAGGCUACAUCAGCUGGGGAACAACUCAGUCUUCACCAUCACACUCCAGGCAGGCCUUUCUGCCAUAAAAACACCACAGUGUUAUAAAGAAGAUGGAAGUUCAAAGAACCCAGACUGCCCUGUGUGUAGUAAGUCACUGAACAAGCUGGCGCAGCCUCUGCCCAUGGCCCAUUGUGCCAACUCCCGGCUAGUCUGCAAGAUUUCCGGAGAUGUCAUGAAUGAAAACAAUCCACCCAUGAUGCUACCAAAUGGAUAUGUCUAUGGCUACAAUUCCUUGCUUUCCAUUCGUCAAGAUGACAAAGUCAUGUGCCCAAGAACCAAAGAAGUUUUCAACUUCUCACAAGCUGAGAAAGUGUACAUCAUGUAGAUCCCCAUGGCCCCAGGAUGGAGUGCCAGUGCCAGCUGGAAUGGGACACAGCGUAGGGGGUGGCCUGCCUCCUUAGGCAUGGCCUUGUAUGGCGAAGAAGCAUAAUGUGCCAUCUUGAGGAUCAGACCUGUCGGUGGCAAUGUUGUUUCUUGCGACCAAAGAUCAAUGAGCAACAAUAACUACUCUUAGAAAGAGAGGAAAUAUGACUUAAUAAGUUUGUACUUGAAAACAACAUUUUGAUUGGUAGGAUUUUGUAACAUAAGUCACAAAUUUGAUGCUUCUGAAAAGUACUUUAAUCUUUCAAAAAUAAAUUUUCUUUUAAGGAUGACUUAAACACUGAGGGACCUUCAGACCCACUUAAAAAUGUGACUCAAUUCUUUUCCCCGUUUGUUUUUCCAGUUAUUCUCCCUUUUUGCUAAUGAUCAUACAUGGAAAAACAAGUGGGUUUCUCCAUGAGAGCUUCUUGCCUUCUCUGUUGUGGAUCCUGUAGGGAUAAGAGUGCAGAGUUUAAGACAUUGCACUUCCGGGGAUGUGAUGAUCAUGAGAUGAUGACUUCAUCCUAGAGUCAAGCAGAAGUUGUUUGUUCCAAACAGAAGCUUAAAGAUGCUGCCAAAAUACCAAGAAAACAUAGCAUGGCAAGCAAACCAAAUUGCUUGUUUUUAUAGACUUCCAGUUUGCCCUCCUUGUGUGAAAGUCUUUCUAAAGUUCUUAGUUAUAUGCAUAGGGGUUAAUAUCAAAUCAUUAGUGCUACUGCCUUAUUUCUUGCUUUGAGAAUGUAUUCACAUGAAAAUCAGCUAGUGUUGGACAGUUUCUGAAGAGGCCUUGCAGGAUGGUAACAUUAAGUCUAGGCUCUAAAUAUUAUUCAUUGCAGAAACUAAUAGUUCAGCUUCAACAAUUACUGAUGACUUUUCCAAACCAACCAACCAACCAUUGUAGCUUAAACAAAACCGUAUUGUAGAGGUUUGUAUUUAGCGCUUAUUUUUGCAUGUUGAUGUUGAUUAGCUAAUAAAAAAAAUUGUAAAUGUAAAACAUGUUAAUAAAAAUUGUUUUCCAUUUC